ACGUCACAUGACGUUCUAUUACGCGGACCCAAACAGGAAGUGAGUGCAACAGUGUGCCGCGUGACUAAACGAAAUAUACACAUGCUGCUGGUCUGAAUAUAUAUCUGCCAAGCUACGAAAACACCGAAAGCACAGUUAAAGCAACAUGGCACCUACAGAUUUCAAAAAUUUGGUCAGAAGAUUUUAUGUACUUCAAGCUGAGCGUGUGGAGGCAUACAAGCUAUUUGAGGAGGGUCAUGAGGCGUACUUAAGGACGGGGCCCCACUAUGACUUCGAGCACUACAAACAGCUGGUACAUGAGAUAACGAAAGCAUUCUGUGGCAUUUCCAAAGAGGUUCUGGAGAUUAAAGAGCAACUGCACCAAGACUUCGACCGGCCCGACCUCUCCGAACACAUUGACAAACUGCAGAUUAAAGAGAAGGAGAAACUAGAGCUGACAGCUAAGCUACAGUUGGGCAAGCAGAAUGCCCAGGAUCACCCAGAAGAUGAGGAUUUCCAAGAGAAAGUCCGUGAGAUCAAACAGGAUAUCAUAAAGAAUACAGCCGCUUUGAGUGAGAUUCUGCAAGACUUCAAGUAUGACUCAGAGGAGCCGGAGUGAGAUUCAGUCAGUCUCAGGAGACAGAGAUGGAUUCAGGUCCUCUGUGAACUUUCCUUUCUAAUGAAGAGUCAUCUGAGGUAUCGAUCGCUGUCUCAGGCGUUUUAUAGACAGAGUGCAUUGCUGCUGCUAAUGCAGGUUUUGCAAUUUUUAUUAAACAUAGUUUGGCAUCUUUUAUUUCAUUAUUUUUUAUAAAUUCAGAAUAGCUUAUGACGUUUUGUUUGCUAAAACAACACAGUGUUCAUUUAAAACACAUAUCUGUUCAUUCUGAAUGUAAAUAAGGUUCAUUAUUAUGUGCAUAAUAAUAAUAUUCAGCCAAAGCUAAUGUGUUACAAAAUAUAUGAACAUUCCUUAAAUAUUUUGAAGACAUUUAUACAGACAAAACUAUUUAUACAUAAUGAUACAGUAUUUACAUGAUGUUUUUGUACACAGAGGACAAACAAUUUGCAAAUUGCAUUUCAAAUACCAAUUUAAAGUUGUGUGUUUAACAAUUAAAGGGACAGUACACUGAAAUUAAAAGUUUGUCAUUAUUCACUCACCCUAAACUCAUUUCAUUCCAAAUCUGUAUGAACUCAAAUUUCAAUGUGUUUGUAACACAAAACUAUUAUAUGACUUCAGAAGACUUAAGCACAAGUCAGAUUUACGAUGCUUUUAUUGUGCAUUUGCUCAUUUUAGAGCUCGGCAGACCCAGUUCCCAUUCACUUUAUUAGUGAACUAUCCCUUUAAGAGACAAAUAUUUAAAUGAUCAUAUUGUGUUCCUUCCAAAUUCUCUCUUUUAGGAAAUACAUUGAAUGUUUUGUGUUGUUUUGGUUUGGAUGAAAGGUCAAUAAGAAUGAGAGAAUCCCCCAUUAGCUCCUUUUUUACAACUUUUUAUACUCUC